GAAUUUAUAAAAUAAAACGAGUGAAAAGGCAUAUAAAUUUUCGGUUUUGCGAAAGACAAAAUGUCCGUAGCUGUGCGCUUAGUUGAGGUUUUGACCUUAAUCACACUGCUAGGCAUGUUGACGGGAUUGUCUAUUGUAAUCGUGAUUCUGCAGCGCGUAAUCGCCAUUACAUUAUAUCUGCUCGGUCCUGUAACAGCAACAGUGGGCGGCAUAUUAUAUGCUUCGGAAAAAGUACUUGUCGGCGCCUUGAUGAGUAUACUGAAUUUAACUAGAGCUCUUGGUACUUCCACAUAAAAAUAUGAAAUAUUUAAAAUUUUUCGUUGUGCAAGAUGGGGAACUACUGUCAAUUACUAUAUUGUAUUAACUAAAACGAAAAAAGUUGUAAAAUCAAUGUGAUAUCGAGGGUGAAUAUCGUUUUGAACAUUACUUUUUGCUUAUUUUUUAAAUUUCUUAAAAUUUUUAGUUAUAUACACAUUUGUAAACCCCAAAUAAACAUGUAGACAAAUGUUUUUUAUAUUAA